ACCCCGCGGGGACCUGCCUGUCCGCUCCCGCAGCCGCUGCCACCACUAGGAGCCCCGCCCGGCUCCUCAGCGCCGCCGCCCUCGGCGCGGCGCGGCCCGGCCCGGCGGCGGAAUGAAGCUGACGGACAACGUGCUGCGGAGCUUCCGUGUGGCCAAGGUGUUCCGCGAGAACUCGGAUAAGAUCAACUGCUUCGACUUCAGCCCCAACGGCGAGACCGUCAUCUCCAGCAGCGACGACGACUCUAUCGUUCUCUACGACUGCCAGGAGGGCAAACCAAAGAGAACAUUGUACAGUAAGAAGUAUGGAGUGGACCUCAUCAGGUACACACAUGCUGCCAACACUGUUGUGUAUAGCUCCAACAAAAUAGAUGAUACAAUCCGAUACCUUUCCCUGCAUGACAACAAAUACAUUCGCUAUUUCCCAGGGCAUACAAAAAGAGUUGUUGCUCUUUCAAUGUCUCCAGUAGAUGACACUUUUAUUUCUGGAUCCCUUGAUAAAACUAUUCGACUUUGGGAUCUCCGUUCUCCAAAUUGCCAGGGUUUAAUGCAUCUCCAAGGGAAGCCUGUGUGUUCUUUUGACCCAGAAGGGUUGAUUUUUGCUGCUGGAGUCAAUUCUGAAAUGGUGAAGCUUUAUGACCUCCGUUCUUUUGACAAGGGGCCAUUUGCUACGUUUAAGAUGCAGUAUGAUCGAACAUGUGAGUGGACAGGCCUGAAGUUUAGUAACGACGGCAAACUCAUCCUCAUAUCAACUAAUGGAGGGUUCAUUCGGCUGAUUGAUGCCUUUAAAGGAGCUGUCCUGCAUACAUUUGGGGGUUAUAACAAUAGUAAGGCUGUCACACUGGAGGCAUCAUUCACCCCAGACUCUCAAUUCAUCAUGAUAGGUUCAGAGGAUGGGAAGAUUCAUGUUUGGAAUGGGGAAAGUGGAAUGAAGGUGGCUGUGCUGGAUGGGAAACACACAGGCCCUAUAACCUGUCUGCAGUUCAAUCCAAAAUUCAUGACUUUUGCUAGUGCAUGUUCCAAUAUGGCCUUCUGGUUGCCAACUAUCGACGACUAAUUCCUCCACUGAAGCUGCUGGCAGAUGACUCCCAUACUGCUAACAGCAGCACAUUAUUGCAAGCAUAGUAUUGGAAUUGCCUGAGUCUCCUAGACUGCAUUCCUGUUCCCGAGUAUGUUUCCAUAUGUCUUACCUUUAUUUGCCGCGUUCCUUUGGAAGGACUCCUCCACUCAGCCUCCUAGCAUGUUCAGAAGCAGCAUGCUACACAACCUUACUUUCUAGUCUGUCCCCAGCAGGCUUCAGCUGAAGUUGGAACUGACACAGUAUUAUUUCUAAGAGCAAUGAAGUCUGUUUUAUUUACAAAAUGUUUGUGGCAUUUUUUUAAGCUGUAAUUGUGUGUUUUCCUUCUGUAAGUGCACAAGGCUGUUGAUGUUCCAAGGUGGAACGUGCAGUUCCUUCCCGUAAGUGCAGGUUUUUAACAUCUGGGAUCCCUGGUUUCACUGCAGCCCACAGAUGGGAAGUCACUUCUGUGCCAAAUGCGAACACUGACAGUUUUCAACUUACACAGCAGAUACUGGAUUCUCUUGCAGUGGAACAUGCACCAGAAGAGCAGGUGACUGUAAAUAUACAUGGUACAACCUGUCAUCCUUUCAUUUGGCGAUUUAGUGUACAACAAACCAUACAGGUUUUGUCCACUGCCAGAGCUUGCCAAAGCCUCUUUGCUGUUUGUUGUGCCAGCAUCCCAGAGGGCACAGACAGUACUGAGGAGGUCCGGCUGGUAUCCCAAGCAAUAAAGGAGCCUGUCAGCAGGAAGGUGGAGAAACCAAACCGAGACUGAAAGCACAGCCUGUGUCUGUGCAUCUUCCUUAUGUAUCAUCUUGCCUGAUCUCAUUUGUAAAUACCUGGGGGAGGGGAGGGCAGUGGGAAUGGGCCAUAUUUUUUUACUUUUAGAUAUUAAAGAAAGUGAUGUGGGCCAGUAUUGUGGGGUGCUUAGGCUGUUGACCUCCACCAGUGCAGUUUUCCCCUCCUGGUUUGUAAAUAAGCCCCAUUAAAUUUUUCCCACACCUGGCAUAGACCUGCAUCCCAUUUAUAAAACUGACAAACAGUUCAUGCAUUUUAUCGCAGGUCCUGCAGGUUUGGGGUGAUAGCUCUGAAAGAGCAAUGCUUCCUUGGUAGAACUGAGUUUUACAACUUUUAUGUGUGACUGUGCUGACUCUGCUUUGCUGCAGCCCUACUCCGAGGAAUACCCCUGUACGGAGCUGGAAGAGAUGUCUUCCUCUGCUCCAGAGGGGCCUGUGUGUGAGUUGCAUGGAAAGGUUGGCAAGCUGGUCUUCAUACCUGGUUCCAGUUUAUUCUUCCUGCAGUGCUGUAGUGAUAAAUGCAUCCGUCAGCAGGCUGGGAAAGGCUGAGUAUAAAUGUGGUAUUCAUUGUGUUCUUGCCUUUCCAAAUAGACUUGGGUUUAUGUGCUGUGCUACAGCUUGGAGAGUUGAUUCUUUCCCUCACCCUGUCAUGUGUGCUUUCCACAUUCCUACAUGUAAUAUGCUGGUAAGGUGACAGGCAGAGGAAUGGGCAUGUUCUCCCUGCUCUCAAGUGCCAGUCCAUACAGGGGGGUCACGCUCAAGCAUUUUACCUUGGGUCGUUUAUCUGGAUGUUUCCUAUUGCAGCCAAGUUCAUCUCAGCUGAUGGGCCCUGUAUAUAAUUGGAGCAUGUCUCCCUGGAAAAGUCAAUCGGGAGGAGGAGCUGCUUCUGUUUUACUUUUUCUCUGCAGUCCUUGUCAGUGGGAAUGUGCUGCGCUAAGAGCUGGGGAUGGGGAGUGAGCAUUUCUCCACUGCUGGUUCCUUUAAAGCAGCAGCAGGUGCUCAGCUCCAGCAUUUGCCUGUGGCAGUGGGCAGGAGGACUGGCACUGGGCACUCCCAUAAACCUCGUGUUUGGAUCACUCCUGUGGUUGAAGCUCCUCUGUAGGCUCUGUGGCUUGCCUCUGCUGAUGCUGCCACAGGAGAGCCAUUCCAGAUGGCACAGUUCUGCAGUGUGAAUUUGCUGUCCUCCAGACUGAAGGAGGAAAGGGAACAGUGGACUGCUCUUUUCCAUUGUGCCAAAACAGGCCUGCUGUUGGAGAUGCAGAUGAGAUUCAUGCUGUCCCACUGUCACCUAUAAAUGCCCAGCAGGAAGGGAGAUGGUUAUCUCUGUCCUCCAGUUGACUGCUUUCUCCAGCUGCCUCUUCCACUCAGUAUUGUUGCAUUUCAGGCUGCUUGGUGCUAUUUUACCUUUGUUGGUGUUUCUGAAAGCAGCCGUAUUUUGCAGUGGUUUGUAUCAUUACAGGUGUUUGGGGUUUGUAUUCUUGUUUUAAGAGUUAAACUUUCAGUAGCAAAUCAUCUUUCAGGGUUUUACCAAGUCUGUUGCUUGAGGAAGUGAGCAGACAGGGAAGAAUUUGAAGUCUUAUUCUGAAAAUGCUCUUUGCUGAUGUGGUUUGAGCACUUGUCUAAAGACUGUGUUUCAGCUCUCUUCUACUUGCCAUGGUAUAAACCAUUGUGCGUUGCAGCAUGAAAUCUUACAGAAAGGAGGAACAAAGGACUGAUCUGGGAGGACACGUACAUUAAGAACAUCAGUGCUUUUGGGAGCGAAGAUAAAUGUACAGGUUUGUGUACAACAUGGCACUAACACCUAGUUCAAAAUCAAAGCCUUCCCAGGGCUGAUUGCUGCCCGCAGAGGCAUCUUGCUUGGCUGAUGUAGCACCCGUUUUCCACCUGCUUUAAAAUGUGCCAAGUAUUGUCAGGGAACUGGAGUAUCACGUGUUGCUAGAUUAGAUGGGAAAGGUGAAUAAAGCUUUUAGCUUCCAUGUGCUUCUCUAAAGACCUUUCUUCAGAACAAGGUGGAAUUGUGACUGAAGAGACCACCUCUAAAUAAGUAGUGGUGGUGGCUGAGCCGCAUCUGCAUGGGCUGCAGGAGAUCUUGGCUGUAAUUCUCUUCUCACAAGUUAAUCUUUAAGAGAUCUCUCUUUAAUUGAUGCUCCCAUAUCCUCAGUUCAUGUCCCAGCCCCUGUGCUUGGGGGGGCACAGCAACAACUGAGUGAACAAAUUUGGAAGCAGCAGUGUUAUCUUUUCCAAUGCCUCUUGACUACCUUUGCACUUUAAGAGACUUCACCUUGGGUUUGGGUCAGGGGUGAGGAUUCUGGUGAGCCUUUUGGAAAUUGGUCUCUUUGGUCAUGAGCUGGUUAUGGGGAGUUUGACUCCUGGGUGGUAUCUGCCACAUGGGUGUAAAUACAUAAAGUCAAAUUCUGCUUUGUCACAAAAUACUACAUAUGUGGAGAAUUCAGUGUUGUGGCUGUUAAUAAAUAUUUUGUAGAGA